AUGGGUGACUUCAAUGACAUCACCUCAAAUGAUGAAAAAUGGGAUGGAAGGAUGAGAGACAACAGAAGCUUCCAAGACUUUAGGAAGUUUAUAAAUGAGAAUCAAAUGGUGGAUAUUGGAUUUGUAGGGAAGCCGUGGACAUGGUGCAAUAACUGGUAUGGAAAUGGUGAAGUAAAAGAGAGACUGGAUAGAGGUUUAUGCUCCAUAGAAUGGUCACAAUGCUACGAGGAUGCUAAGUGCACACAUAUUGAAUCGCAUGCUUCUGAUCAUAGCAUGUUGAUACUAGAAACUGAGAAGGAAAGGAAGAAAUGGAAAAAAAGAUUCCAGUUUGAUAAAAGAUGGUUUCAACAUGAGGAGAUUGAGGAGGAGGUGAAGGAGGCUUGGAAUAUCCCUUGCGACGGAACUAGGUGGUUCAAGGUGAAACAGAAAGUUAAGAAUUGUAGAGUUGAGCUACUUAAGUGGAGUAGUAGUAAAAAAGGGAAUUCACUCGAAAGAAUCAAUUGGUGCAAAAAUCAGAUUGUGGAAAUUAAGGCAUCAGAGGCAGAAAACAAAAGGCAAAAAGUGCAGGAAAUGAAAGGGCAGUUGAAGCUGGCAUACGAGAAUGAAGAGGCUUACUGGAACCAGAAAUCUAGAGUAAGAUGGUUAAAAGAGGGGGAUAAGAACACUCAGUUCUUCCAAGCAACUGUAAAGGGUAGGAGGAGAAGGAAUAGACUCCAGAAAUUGAAAAAAGCUAGUGGAGAAUGGACUGCAAAUGAUGAAGAGCUGGGAAGGGAAGUAGCUACUUACUAUGAGGACCUGUUUAAGAGUUCAGGGUCGGGCGAACUAGAGGAAAUCUUAGAAAGGAUUCCUGUCUCUAUAACAUAA